GGCUGCAGAGUGAGCGGAGCUGAGCGUGGGGCGGAGAAAGCGGUAGCGGUAGCGGUGGCGGCGGCGGCAUCGGCGGCAUCGGCGGCAUCGGCAUCGGCAUCCCCAGUAGCAUCUGCAGCGCGGCCCCGGCGCCGCCGUUGUCCUCUCACCCUCCCUUCUCCGACCGAGCUGGAGUCCGCCCUGGAGCCCGAGCAGCCCAAGCCCAGGCCCGUCCAUGCAGCCGUGGAGCGAGCGCGCGGCGGGCAGGACGCAGAGUCCGGAGCACAGCAGCCCCGGCCCCCCCCAGCCGGGGCCCGGCCCCAGCCCGGGGCCCCCCGAGGCGGUGCUCAAUGCCGAUGCGGCACCCCGUCCCCACAGUGAGGCCGAGAGAGCCCGGCCACGGCCGGCGCGAGGCCCGGGGGGCCCCAUGGAGGGCGCCAUGCAGCUGCUGAGCCGAGAGGGCCACAGCAUCGCCCACAACUCCAAGAGGCACUACCACGACGCCUUCGUGUGCAUGAGCCGCAUGCGGCAGCGCGGGCUGCUCUGCGACAUCGUCCUGCACGUGGGCCCCAAGGAGAUCAAGGCCCACAAGGUGGUGCUGGCCUCCUGCAGCCCCUACUUCCACGCCAUGUUCACAAACGAGAUGAGCGAGAGCCGCCAGACGCACGUCACGCUGCACGACAUCGACCCCCAGGCGCUGGAGCAGCUGGUCCAGUUCGCCUACACGGCCGAGAUCGUGGUCGGGGAGGGCAACGUGCAGACGUUGCUUCCGGCCGCGAGCCUGCUGCAGCUGAACGGCGUGAGGGACGCCUGCUGCAAGUUCCUGCUGAGCCAGCUCGACCCCUCCAACUGCCUGGGCAUCCGCGGCUUCGCCGACACGCACUCCUGCAGCGACCUCCUGAAGGCGGCCCACAAGUACGUCCUGCAGCACUUCGUGGAGGUGGCCCGCACCGAGGAGUUCAUGCUGCUCCCGCUGAAGCAGGUGCUGGACCUCAUCUCCAGCGACAGCCUCAACGUGCCGUCGGAGGAGGACGUCUAUCGGGCCGUCCUGAGCUGGGUGAAGCACGACGUGGACGGCCGGCGGCAGCACGUGCCCCGGCUGAUGAAGUGCGUCCGGCUGCCGCUGCUGAGCCGAGACUUCCUGCUGGGCCACGUGGACGCCGAGGGCCUGGUGCGACACCACCCGGACUGCAAGGACCUGCUCAUCGAGGCCCUCAAGUUCCACCUGCUGCCGGAGCAGCGCGGCGUCCUGGGCACCAGCCGCACCCGGCCGCGGCGCUGCGAGGGGGCCGGCCCCGUGCUCUUCGCCGUGGGUGGCGGGAGCCUGUUCGCCAUCCACGGAGACUGCGAGGCCUACGACACGCGAACGGACCGGUGGCACAUGGUGGCUUCCAUGUCCACCCGGCGGGCUCGCGUCGGCGUGGCUGCCAUCGGGAACCGGCUGUAUGCCGUGGGCGGCUACGACGGCACGUCCGACCUGGCCACCGUGGAGUCCUACGACCCCGUCACCAACGUCUGGCAGCCGGAGGUCUCCAUGGGCACCCGGCGCAGCUGCCUGGGCGUAGCCGCCCUCCACGGGCUCCUGUACGCCGCCGGCGGCUACGACGGGGCCUCCUGCCUCAACAGUGCUGAGCGGUACGAUCCCUUGACCGGCACUUGGACAUCCAUAGCAGCCAUGAGUACCCGGCGGAGAUACGUCCGUGUGGCCACUCUCGAUGGGAAUCUCUAUGCUGUGGGCGGCUAUGACAGCUCCUCCCAUCUGGCUACUGUGGAAAAAUAUGAACCCCAGGUGAACACGUGGACGCCCAUCGCUACCAUGCUGAGCAGGCGCAGCUCAGCGGGGGUGGCCGUGUUAGAGGGGGCCCUCUAUGUGGCCGGGGGCAACGAUGGCACGAGUUGCCUCAACUCCGUGGAGAGAUACAGCCCUAAGGCCAACGCGUGGGAGAGCGUGGCCCCCAUGAACAUCCGCAGGAGCACUCAUGACCUCGUGGCCAUGGACGGCUGGCUGUACGCGGUGGGCGGGAACGACGGCAGCUCCAGCCUGAACUCCAUCGAGAAGUACAACCCUCGCACCAACAAGUGGGUGGCCGCCUCGUGCAUGUUCACGCGGCGGAGCAGCGUGGGGGUGGCCAUCCUGGAGCUCCUGAACUUCCCCCCCCCCUCCUCGCCCACGCUCUCCGUGUCCUCCACCAGCCUCUGACCCGGCCAGCUCAGGGACCCAGAGGAGACGCUCCUCCCCAGCGGGCCUGUCGGGCUCUUGCAGAUGCCUUAAUGCUGGUCCCAGGAAGGGAGGAGGAGGGGGCCAGGAGGCUCCCCUCCUCCCUCCCUGCUCCGGGGCCUCCUCGCCCCAGCACUGUCUGCGUCUGCCUAUGUCCGUCUAUUUAUGUAUUUAUUAUUAUUUAUGAAUUGUCCGGCCAUCUCCCGCCCUCUUAUACCCCCGGAGGAAGUCCCGGAGGGGCUGUGGGAGCCAGAAGUGAGGACAGACACGGACUGACGGCAGUGUGGGGGAGACGCAGGGACAGCCCGAGGCCCAAAGGCACCCUGGAGCUGCCAUGGAUGACCCUGGCCCAAAGCUCCGCUGCUGGGAACCAGGAACCCCGGAGGGGGCCGCCAAGCUGGCCUGGGACGACUCACCCCCUGCCGCGUGGUCUGUUCCCCCAAUCAUGCACUGAGCUGGACACACGCACGCCCCGUGCAUCCCGUGGACUUGGCCAACAUCCAUGCCUUCAUGCACUUAAACACGCACAGCAAUAUGAGCCUACUGACUAAUAAAGGUUCUUGUACACUU